AUGGAGCCUGUCGCUUCCGAUGGACCACCGGACUCGACGGAUCGGCUUAUCCGUCGACUGUGCGAUGCCUGGUCGCAAGUGCACGACAGUCACUCGUCGGAGGAAAUUUAUCAGCGAAAACCUCACCUGGAAGAAUUCCUCGAAGGAUACUACCGACUUAGCGAUGAAGACAGAUUACAGCUUGAUCAUGUUAACCGGUACGAGAACAUUUCAUCGGCCUUAUCUCGGCAGCUGCUACUGCUGAUAUACGAAAUCUGUGAUCCUACCGUCAAGCGAUACGUACGACGAGCUGAUUCAGCGGCAACGGUAGGAUCCUCCACAAAUUCUUCCACUAUCGCAGAGACUCCACAAUCAGACAGCGAUGAGCUGCAGUGUGCUACAAAGUUGGAUAGGACCGUUGACGAGGUGACAUUACCUCUAGAUACGGAGUCUAGUGAAAGUCGGUGCCAAUGGUUGAAGGAUUUUUUCCUCCAUGGUAUCGGUGGUCUGUUUCUGCAAACGCUAUCUAAAAUAGGUGCCAAAGACAUUGCAAAUGGUCGUGAAAUAACUGCGGUACUCGUUCGUAUACUACCUACAACAAAAUGGAAUAACAUGGAGCAUGGGUUACCGGUCACGUCGCUUGAGCCACAGAAAGGCUACGGAGAGUUUGUUAGGGGCGUUUUAAAAAUGCGCACAUUCAACGGAGAUUGGCGUGAAUGUAUGAAACGUAGCGGAGGGGAAUCUACCAUUGGACAGACAGUGACUCUUAUACGACAGUUAAGUGGCCCCAAAGUUGUCGCCGACACGAUCGACUUCAUCCAGGCGGCACAGUUUAGUGGCGCAGGUGGGCAACAACAGCCGGACAGAAUUUCGGAAUCGCAAUUCUACGACACACGACUAUCGCAGGAUCAGUUUACGCUCACCGUGCUGAAUCUGCUGGAAAGCUUGAUCGUGCACGAGAAUGUCCUCACGAUCGACGAAAAUUCGGUGACCGUAUCCUGUCUGCGAGCAGCCCUGGAGCAACUGAAACGCCAUGAGGUGAUCGAGGAAAGUACCGAAAAUCGGCUCGUCAUCCGUCAUAAACUGCUCGGCCUGGUGAUGUUGUGUCUGAACAAUAUGUUCUUCCUCGAGACGCUCGACUCGAACGACAUCAAUUUGCGUAUUGUCGCAACAGAGCUGCUGGAACUGUUGAAGAGUGAAUUGCGCGAACGACCUUCGGACGCUAUUUCCUGUGAGUUUAUGUACAAUCUCAUCUACACGAUCGUAUCUGCGGUUAACCAGACGUUCCUUCACUUUUGUGACAACCUCGUCAGCGAGCAGCUGUUUAUGGCGAUCUUUAAGUUGCUCGAGAACAACUUGGACAUCAUUAAGCACACAUACAGUUUGCUGCAGCUUCGAAGGCCCCCGCUGGCAAGUGGGGGAAACCUCUGGAUACAGUUGGCACCAAGCAGUUCCAACAGUGGAUUGGUAGAAAUACUCAUUAAAAUGCUGCAAAAUUUCAUCUACGCCCUUGCACCGUCCCGGAUCGGGAGCUAUAAGCGGACCCGCAGGUGCAGCCGCCUUCGGUUGCAUCAUUCGCGACAGGGAGCACGCAGCGGCUACGUUUGUGCAUUGGAAAAUCUCUUAUUGAAUCUCUUCCCGCUGGUAAAACACUCCGAUCAGCGUGCCCUGGCAACUUUCUUCAAGUCCUACCAGUUAUGCUGCUGCAACACGAACGUACAGACACUCGAGGUGCUGAUGAAGCUGUCCAACGACGAGUUGAUACCGAAACUACGACUCCACUUUGCCAGCCGUGCCGUCGUGUACGCGAUCUUCAAUCGAUCGCAGUGCGAAACAUGCGAGUCCGAUCGUGCUGCAAACACUUUCUACGAGCAGUUCACCCGGACGCACAGGGAAGUAUUCCGGGAGUUCCGGCGGGUGGAAAAUCGCACUCGCAUGCCAACGUUUUUGCGCUACCUGCUCGAUAUUGUUCGUGCUGUGCCGUAUCGUUUGCGUUCGUUUCUGUUGCAGGAGUUGGUUCUCGAACUGCUUACUGGGGAGUUGAAGCGGUUUGCUGCAGGCCGGGAAUCUACUGAACCGGGCGCAGAUGAACCUUUACCAUCCAUGGACGAGAGUGGAAAAGAAAUUAUUAACGGUUGUUUGGUAAUUGUAUGCCGAGCCGUUGCUGAAGACGAGCGAAUGAUAAAGCUUUUUUACCGUGACGAGAUGAUCCAUCUUCUGCAAGUGUUGAGCGGCCGGCUGGAAUUUGUCCAUUGUAUGCAUCAAAUUAUGACCAUCGGUAUCCACUCGCAAGCGCUCGAGGGAAAGCUGGAAGAAAUCCUGUUCACUAACAUAGACAACCUCGUCCAGUAUGCUGGGCAACUAUUCGAGGCGAUCACUACCUGUAAGCUCGGAUUGUCACUAAAAUCUUUCACGAGCACGUUAAACACCCGCGUGGAAGCACCACUCGAGACAACACUUCAGCUACACCUAGAGCACUGGAAAACGUUGAGACAUCUGCUGAAGGAAAACGAUCGUUUUCGAAAACGAUUCUUUCGGCAUUACGGUGGGGUGAAGGGCGUGCAACGGUUUAUGGAUCUCGCGUACAACUUGGUCAGCGUGUGUGUCUUUCCCGGAGCGACAGCCGCACGGUAUGAUUUGCCAUCAAGCGCACCCGAAGCGCCCGCUUUCAAAAUUCCCGACCAUGGAGAAUCGGUGUCAGUUGAACCGGAACGGCGCAGUGUGCUGAACAUAUUUCAUUUUAACGAUCAACUCAUCGAUGGCACGGUUUCCGGUGCAAGUUUCUACUACAGUGCCACCGACGAAACGAUAACGAUUAGUGCUGGCCCAAAGGAGGUUGUCGGCACACCGGAAGAGGACGAAGAUUACUCGUUCCUUCGUGAACUCCGACUCGCCACGAUUACCGGCCAGUGGGAAGUAGAAUACAAUGCGUUCGUUAACGGUACUCCCCCGUAUCAGCGGACUAGCAUCGGCCGUCGCGGUAGGGAACUGUUUAGCAAACUCGAAAAGAAAUGGUCCCUCUCGGAGUUGUUCAACAUACGGCAAAUGUUGAGUGAGCUAAUGGACGGCUAUCUACCCGGGUCGAAAGAUGGAGUUCCGAAAGGGCUCCCAAAAGAUGCGCGAUCGCUGCUGCUGCUGGACCAGCGUGGUGGUGCUACGGUUGUACGAAAGAAGCUAACCAGCCUCCUCGAGCUGAUCCUGGGUUCGAUGCAGCUGCUGAUUAAUGGAGACGUCACGACGAUCGAUGAUGCAACGGUCGGCUCGCAGUCGGAGUUAGGUGACACGAUGCAAAUUGCGCUACUGGAGCUGAAGAAGCUGCUGAUGAGCAAUGCGCUCAGUCACUGGGAGUGUCCCAACACGGCCAACGAUGUGAUGAACGUAUUACAAGCACUGUUGAAGGUGGCUGAAAUGCGGACAGAGAUGAUACCGCCUCCCCCAGCCGAUGAUUCCAUAUCCCAGAAGGAAGUUUUUCCGACGCGAUCGUCCUCGUGCGAAGAGGAUGACCGGCUUUCCGAUCCACCACGAUCGUACCACGACGAGCAGGUGCAAGACGAUGCAAGCUCAACCGAUGAGUCUUACACAACCGCCCGAGAAGAUGGGUACGAGGGAGACGUGGAAAUUGAACCUUACUCCCCGCAGGAACUGCUGGCAAAGAAGGAAGCGAAAGCCGGCCGUGGUAAACCGUGCGAUUCGGACCGGUCACUGGCAGUGAGCGUGCAAAUUUGUAACAUUGUGACAGAACUUUUGGUGGAGCUGUCGGCUCGUUGCGUCGAACGACCGGAUCACUGGUGCCAAGCGUUGGCGCAAAUGAUAGUGAAGCUAAACAUGAUCCGUACGCAUCUCGGUGGUUCACUGUACCUGAUCCGAGGGUUCGCGCUCGUUUUACGUACGAACGAUUCGCGUUUGAAAGAGUUGCAGGCGUCCAUCAUGGAUCUCAUAGUCGAUCUGGAUAACCCGCAGGUGCUGGUAAAGUAUGUGCAGCUGUUGGGCGAAAAGGACCCACCGGUACAGUUGAUCCUCACCAAGCUGACAAACCUGUUCGAGACGACGAGCAGCGGAUUGGAGUGCUACCAGAGCAUCCAUUACCCGGUGGUGCACGCGAAUCGCACCUUUUCCACCACCAGCGAUGUGUUGUUGGCGAAAAAAAUUACCUUCCUGCGGGAGCAUCAUCUGUUCUUUAACGUUCGCUCUGGGUUCACCGAUGCGGCGACAGUCGUGCCACUAAACUACGCCAACUUUUACCCUUGGCAUGGCAACGGGUUUACCGUUGCGCUCUGGAUGCGUGUGGAGCAACUGGCGGAUCAUUCUUCGCAGCCCGAGCUCACUCAUCUGCUGUCGGUGGGAAGCGAAAAGCAACUGCUUUCGGUUUGUUUCAACUCGCAGCGUCAGCUAGUGGUACGGUACAGCAAGCCCGAUCGGGUGAUCACUCCCAGCAACACUAAACGCUACCUCGGUGUGGCUGGGGCACGCUCGGAGUGUUGCGAAAAUUGUGCCAAAGAGAUGCAGCAUCUGUGGACGUACAAGCACCUGCUGCGGAGUAUUACCGACGGAACUCCGCAACCGUUCGUACUCGAUACGGCCGGAGCGCAGUGCGUGUACUGCUUCAAGCAGCUACCGGUCGGUGGACCUCCUACCCGAAAGGGAUCGCAAGGAAAGGCGCUGCUGGAUGAUGCUGAGGGGCACUACGAAACGUCGGUGCUGGAUGUGGGAAAUCUGCGGCAGUGUACGAUCGGACAGGAUUGGUGCGUCCCCGAAGGUACCUGGACGUUGUUCACCCUUGCCGUUCAACAAACGGCCGACGAAACGAUCGCUGUGACGAUGACGCUCGAUGGUGUUCAACGUUUAGCAAAUCUGUUGCUUCCGAACGCCUGUCGGAUACAUAUCGAUACGGAUCUAACGGUGCUCACCGUUGGCCACCGAGCCUCGACACCGACCGAGUGCUCCGUGGGCUACGAUCUGGCCGGCGUACAUCUGUUUAGCAAGUGUAUCACGGACGAAGCAACCCUCGCGAACCUCUACGCCAUUGGACCGAACUCGAGCAAUUUCGCCGCUUUUGCAAACGGAUCCAUGAUACCCAACUAUGGGACACUGAACUUGGGCAAGCUUGUGGUUGAUGAUCUGCGGACAGUCGCGUCUCUGCAAUUGCUCGAAAGAACCCACCUUGGGUACUUGAGCGCUUGCAAAGCGGACACCUUCGUAGGACGCAACGCGCAAACGAUCGGACUGAUGUCGUUUGGGGGGAAACUGCGCGCCACUGAACACAACUCCCUCCAGCGGUCACUGCUCGUUGCCGGUGGUGUGUCCGUAAUGCUCGUGUGCUUUGCACGGGUCGUUGAAAUCAGUGAUUCACCGGCGCUCCAUGCGGCAGCUCUCAAGUUGCUGCUACGUAUAGCGCACUGUAAUCACGAUUUUUUCAACGAGUUCGUGCAGUGUAACUACCUCGAGCUCAUCGGCAUUGUGCUCAAGAGCAAAAAGUGCCACAAGGACAUUGCACUGCUUGCGACGCUCCUCGAGACCGCGUUCGAUCAGCCGAUCUUGGCAAAACGAACCGAUCAGUAUCGCAUCCUGCCGGGAUCGGUUGCACGUGUGCGCUAUCCGGGCAUGAUAACGUUCCUGCUCGAAAACUUCCACAUCUGGAUCGACCAGUCGGAGGAGGUGUUGGAUCUGCUGCUCUCCACCCUGGCCACCGUGACACGCGACAAACACCCGGGAAUGAUGUAUAACUGCCAACGGCUGCAGGGGGCCGGUCUAGUGCCUGCCCUGAUCGACUUUUGUCGCGUAAAUUUCGUAAUCCCUGCGAAGACGGUUAAAAUAUCGCGAAACGCGGCCGAUCUGCUCGUAUCGCUCAUUGCCAUACUGUCACCUACUCCGCCGAAGGUUUCGCUGUUGAAUGAAAUCAUGGAACUGCUGCUGUUGAUGCAUAAACCCACCGACAGCUACGUGACGCACGAUCGACAAAAGUUUUACUUCAACAUCAGCUCGCAGAAUGGCGCCUCAUCGUCAUCCUCAGGGGGCAAACGGGGUGAUAAAACAUCAACCACGGCACAAUCGGCAACGGGUGCCGGAAAUAUAAACCUACCGGGAACACCGAAAAUGCAGCUUCGCGACCGAAGGCAGCUUCGUCCCACGUCGCAGCUAAGGAAAAUUCUUCCACUCACCAUUUCCGCCGGCAGUUCGUUUGAAUCUGCCACAACAAGUUUCAUUAUCGACGCGAGCCAAAGUACGCCAGCGUCAACGAACACAAACACCUCGGGUUCAGCCACGAUCACAAGUUCGGGCCAUACUGCUCCACCGAAAAGCCCCAAACUGGCAUCCCCGGGUACGGAGGGUAACACUGAAGAGUGCUACGAAAAACUUAACAAAGCGUUGGCGGACGGUAAACGGCUCAGGAAAAGUCUGAUGGAAGGCAUCGACAGGGGAAGCGCCAAACUAAAGUUACGUCGGUUGAAUAGUUCACCUAACAUGCGUCCGUCUCCGAACGGACGAAGGAAAUUUGGAAGUGGUUCUCCCCGAUUCGUGAGUAAUUCGCCGAAGCUGCUAUCCCAGUGUACUCGGAACGAUCUUAAUCGGGGCGGCACAGACCACCACCACCAGUCAGCGCCAGCGUCGUCCACGUUGCGGUACAAGUUUUUCGAGCAAAACUAUUUCGCCACCGGCAACGACUUUCUGCAGGAGAGCUUCUUGCGUGUCAUGUGCGACUUCUUGCUCAUUCUGCCGGACAGUGAUGCGCGAAAGUUUUUAAGCGGUGAAAAUCGCAUCCUCGAAACGCUUCUCAUUCUGGCGAACAACGGAAACAUCCGGAUUCGCACGAUGCUGCUCAAUCUGGUCGCCGUCAUUGACGAUCGGAUCGAUGGUGGAGGAGCUGGCGGCGAUGCCGGAGGAACCAACGCCAUUCUGCAGCAGUACAGUGAGGAGCAAUCGAAAGUGUUUUGGUAUCAUCUUGCCAACCAGAUCGGCACGCAUAGUGUCAAUGGGGAGCUGAUAGCCAGUUGCUAUCGGUGGAUAACGAAAUCGAACGUGAAUCCAUUGUUAUCGGUCCAGGGUGGUAGUGGUGGGGAAGAAUCUCCCUUGUCCGCGUUACUGCAGCAGCAGGGCACGAUUGAGGUGAUUCGCGAGAACGGCCUGAACGUGCUGAUUGCGAUCCUCAUACAGGCACACAUCGAUCCACCACUGUUCCAUUGCGUGCUACAGCUGAUCGAGUAUAUCUGCAUCCGGCACCCGAAGCGCGCCGGCCAGUAUAUGAUCGAUAAUGGGUUGGUGUGGGCACUGGCGAAGACGGUGGUCAAGAUGAACGAAAAGGAGGAACGUAUUCGGGAGGAAAGUCGUACCUAUUUGCUCGACUUCUUGACAAGCUUUUCCCAUCUGGUCAUACUCAGCCCGGUCGCUAAUCCUUUUUGGGACCUGCUCAAUGGAUUGACGGUGGCACAGAAGCACAAAAGCGAACGGGUGACGCAAGCGGUGCGCGAUCUUCAUGCGGCGCUCGUUCGAAACGUACUUCAGAUUUUCAUCUUCCGGCCGAAACAAUCGAUCAUUGGGAACAAGAAUACCUCGUUUACCGUUGAACUGGUUGGUUCUAACCUUUCCAAGUCCGAGGUAAAAACCCGCUUCAACCGGCUGCACGAUAAAGCGGUGCAGUUCGUAACGAACAGCGAUCCGGAGGGGGAACUAUCGGACGCUGAAUGGGCUCUCAUAAGACACCUGAUGAAUCGGACGCUCAAUGGGAAUCCUCGCGGUGGUAACAUCAUCCUCUGGUGUUUGCUACCGAAACGACCGAUCCGCUUGAAGCUGUACACCAUUCGGCAGCUGGGUCAGUACUUGGAGGGAGGUGGCAAUCAUUUGUCUGCGAUCUGCGACGUAAAAAUGCUCAAAGUGUUCGUUCAGAGCAUCUUGUUGUUGAACCAGAAACACAUCCCUCUGGAGGAGCUACGAGUGGUGAAUGCGUUCUAUCAGUCGAUCGAUGGAGGUCUUUCGCACGGCGCUAGCUGGAAUUUGACGCAGACGUUGAAAGAUUUCGAGUACCUUCGAACGAUCAGUAUGAACGAUCAGGAGCAGAUGAUCCUGAAAUCGAUCGCACGCCAGGAAAAGUUGAUCUACUCGUGCACGGUGGCGGCCAUGCAGGUGACGCGCAAUAGCGUUGAAAAGCAGAAUCGACUGCGCAAGGAGCUGAUCAUACAACUGAGGAAAGAUAACGACUAUCGGUUCUACGACCAGUGGCAGCAGCUGGUGGGUCGGUUAACGCACGAAGACGCACCCUGGUACAACGGGGCCGCAUAUCCGGCCUCGUGGGAGCUGGAUGAUACGUACGGUCCCGAUAUGGCACUGAAACGGAUGCGACGCUGUCCGCUUACGAUCGACCGGAGGUUCCUGUUGAAGGAAACGCAGCCGGAAAAGGGGAACGAAGACGGAGGCGAACGGAUGGCACUGUUGGCGUAUCUAUUUCCGGGAGACUACCACCGGGCGGAGUACUCGGUCGAGGAACAGGUCCUGUAUACGUUUACGGUGCGUAAAAUCACUCCGAGUCGGGAACUGGAGUGUGAGUGCAUCAUCACAAGCACGGAGCUCGUACUGAAGCCAUACGACGUCGGUGCACUGGAGCUAUACGAUCUACACGAUAUUACAAAGAUCUGGACAAAGCGCUACGAACAUCAGGAGUCGGCGGUGGAGGUGUUUCUCAAGAGUGGCAAAUCGCUGUUUAUCGUUUUCGAUCGCGAUCCGAGCGAGCGGGCAACAUUCGAGGGAUUCUUCCACGAUCUGGUAGCGCGUUAUGGACGUGGGGAAUUGGAUUAUCACACACAACUGUGGCGCGAAGGAGCCCUCUCGAACUGGGAGUAUCUGAUGUUGCUGAAUCAGGUGUCGGGUCGAACGUUCCACGAUCUUAUGCAGUACCCGGUGUUCCCCUGGGUACUCGCAAGCUACGACUCGCCAACGCUGGACUUGCUGGCCGAGCGAACGUUCCGGCUACUGGAAAAACCGAUUGCCGUUCAACAUCGAGAGCUUGAGAAGCAUUACAUUAACAAUUACAACCAUCUGCGGCAGGCGGAGGAAAGCGGUGAUCCGAGUGGGGCCGGAGGACGGAGAAAAAUACAACCGUACCAUUACAGUUCGCAUUACUCCAAUUCCGGCACUGUGUUGCAUUUCCUGGUCCGAGUGCUUCCAUUCACGUCGCUAUUCCUGCAGUAUCAGGACGAUAGCUUUGACAUCCCGGAUCGAACGUUCCACUCACUGCAAACGACCUGGAAUCUGGCUAGCAAGGACUCACCAACGGACGUGAAGGAGCUGAUACCAGAAUUCUUCAGCUUUCCCGAGUUUCUCGAGAACCAGGAGGGUUUCGAUUUCGGAACACGCCAAUCCGGAGAACCGGUAAAUCACGUCGAACUGCCUCCGUGGUGCAAUGGGUCGGCUCGUUUGUUCGUGCUCAUUCACCGGCAAGCGCUCGAGGCAGGGAUCGUUCGGAGACAGAUAGCCCAAUGGAUCGAUCUGAUCUUUGGCUUCAAGCAGACCGGACAGGCAGCGAUCGAUGCGAUCAAUGUGUUCCAUCCGGCGACUUACUGCGAUUUCAGUGCGGCCGAUAUCGACGAUCCGGUAAUGAAGCUGGCACUGGAAACGAUGGUCAAAACGUACGGUCAAAUGCCGCGCCAGUUGUUUGAUUUGGCACAUCCCCCUCCAAUCGUGUGUCCUCUGGGUGCAAACCCACCGACGGUGUUGGAGAACGUAAUCGGAUUGCGGUGGGGUUUAUAUUGCGGCAGUCCCGUGCUAGCGAACCCGAAACUGGUGAACGUUUGGGAACGACCCUCGAAGGACGGUCCCCGAAUGCCGACUACAUUGGUCGCAUUGGAAGCGGAUAGGAUGUACGCCAUGCCCGACCAGAUGAACGUAUUCCAGGGUGGACCCAAGAAGUACUACACCGUCAGCUGGGGAGAAGCGGACGAUCGAUUGAGAAUCAGACCACUGCAGGACAGCGGUGUCUCCGGAGCACCAGAGAGCACCAGGGAACUGUGGUACGGAAGCAACGGAUAUGCCUGCGAUCCCAUCACGGCUUGUGGUACCGAUCCGAACUGUACCAGUAUAUUUUUCGGCCACCGAUCUGGCCGGAUUGCCGUAUUUCAGCGGCGUACCCGACGGAGACGGGUUUCGUUUUUCAACCAGCACAUGCAACCAUCGGUGACGAUGAUGGCACGGUCUCGGUCCACCUCGUUCCGCCGUUGGAUCGAUCGGAAGAGCGCCAACUUACGACGUAAGCUUGAGCUCGAUCCUGACGAUCAGCAACAGAACCAACAACAACAGUCGCAACAAUCACAACACCAGCAACAUCAGGAUCAACCGGAUGGUGACCAGAUGGAUUGGAACUAUCCGAUAUAUUUGCUCAAGCAUCGCGCUCCAAUCGGUGCGAUACGCAUCUCGAUGGAAUACAAAAUCGUAGUGAGCGUGUCGAUCGAUGGAUGCGCCGCCAUCUGGGAUGUGAACAGUUUGACGUACGUGCGCGAAAUCCCCCAGCCGGUUAACAUGCUGCAUUCGAUGAUUACCCAGGUCGCGAUCAGCCCGACGCUUGGUGAUAUAGUGCUCGUGCACUCGAACGCCAACGUUAGCACCGGUCGAACUGACGCCAGCGGUCCUGAUUCUUGGUCCAGUGCUACACUAGUCGAAGAGGACGAUAGUUUCGAGGUGACGGAAAAUUACAAUGUCGAUUACGUGAACAUCACCAUGGCAACGACGACAACUAACCGGCGCGAUCAGCUACGGCUGUACACGAUAAAUGCGCAGUAUGUGGAGCACGUGUUCCUGGAGAGCCCAAUCCGGGCGGUAACGUACUCCACGGUCAAGGAGGGCUGCGGAGUCAAUUGCAUCGUGGUGGCGCUAGAGAGUGGCAUUAUGCGGUUCUAUUCCAGCUGGAAUCUAGCGCUGCUACGAGAGGUUAACGUUGAACCCAAUGGUAUUAGGUGUGUUCUUUUUUCAAAGAAUCAACAUCUAUUACUAUUGACCGGCAACGGCACAGUUCAGACAUGGUCUGCUGAAGGUCUUCCCGGUCCGCUACCAUCCAUACAAGAGCCAUAUCAGCCAGGAGGGUAGGAGAAACCACGAUUGUGAUGCAAAAGGACGUUAUUCUAAUUGCUAAAAAAGUUAUAUCUCGAUCGGUGAAAGCCGGAGUGUCCGUUGGAUAGUGUGUAUUUUGUUAUCAGUGUUAUUGUCGUAAUAUCAUUAGAUUCGUACGCGUUAGGGAUGAAUAUUGUUGAAUCGAAAGCAAAUAAAAACACAGAUGAAGUUAUAUUUUACUCGCA